GCUGGGCCCUAGGGAUGCUGGAGCCAGUCCGGCGUGCCUGAUUCCCCCAAGGCAGUGGGACCUGGGUCUGUUGCUUCUCCACUGCCCGCCCGCCUGCCCUUCCUCCAUCCUUCCCGAGGGAAGCGGCUCUUCCUCCUCCUCGCCUCCAUCCCGUCUCAGGCAGGCAGGAAAUACUACAGUACCACACAAUCUGAGGUUGGUUGAAUCUGUGGAUGCAGAACUGUGGAUACAGAGGAACAACUGACUCCUAGAGAGAGGGAGGUGGUUCGCGCUGAAGUUCCUUGCUCGUCUGCAGGCGCAUCCUCGUCAUGUCUUCGAAGGGGCCCCAAGAUGGCCGCAGGUGCAAGAGAACCAAGUUCGACAAAAACCAAUACAAGAUUCUUAUUGAGGCUUUUGGGAGUGACGCUUACCCUGAUAUUAAUGUCAGAAUAGAUCUGGCCAAGCGAACCCAGAUUCCUGAGCCGAGAAUCCAGGUCUGGUUUCAGAACAGGAGAGCUCGAGUUCUUCUGAAGAAUACCCAGAAGGAAGAGGCACAACCCCCAGUUCCAGAACCUAUUCAGGGAGGAGUCGGUGCCCCAGUUCCAGGAUCCAGUCAAGGUGGACUCUGUGCCCCCGACAGCCCUUGCCAGCAGGGUCUUCUGGUGGCCCAGAGAGAUGCCCGUUUUUUUUCCUGGAAGCCGGAAGAUGUUUCUGGUCAAGCCGUUUUUGGGGAGUAUGCUGGUGGCCUGGGUGUGAAUAUGGCCUCGCCUGACCUGCAGACCCCAGCUAAUGAGCCUUCUGGAGACUUCCACUCGUCUCUCUCCUCGGGCUUCAGCCCCAAAGUUCUUAACGCUUCCCAGCAGCGCUUCUCACAGCUGGAAGACCGCAGUGCAGAGACUCAUUUGGGGGACCCUGGACAGCUCCUGGCACAUGGGAACUGGGGACUGCAGUGGUGCGGGCAGCAUCCUUCCUCUGGAGAACAGCAACCAUGGUGGAGCUGGCAGCCUCGGCCUGCUCUGGAGUCAGAGGUGGCACCCCAGCAGCUGCUGUCCCAGAACCCGGAGGCCUGGGCGCCACUGUGGUCCUGUUUGCCCCCCUGCCCACUCCAGCGUCUUCACCCCCUCAACCCUCUCUGCCCUAGAAGCCCUGUUCCCAUCCUGCUUCUCCUCAGCCCUAACCAGUGAAGGCACCUGCCAGCAUCAGGAGCCGUUUCCAUCCCUACGUCUGAGAAAGGACCUUGGUGGGAGACCCUAGAGCACCACAGCCCUCAGCCGUUGCAGCGGUGGGAACAGCACUUGAAGCCUUUGCUACAGUAAAACAGUGGAAAUAACCUAAGUAAGUGUGAGUUGAUAGAAGACAGUUUAAAUCAACUAGGGCUCUUCCAUAGUUUUAAUAUUAUGCAAAAUUGAAAAGGGAUUUGAAGAUUUGUAUAUUUUGCCAUGGAGAGGUCUCCUAGACAUACUUCUCAGGAAAUGAAGUUGUCAGGAUGGAAGGGCAUAAAGUCCAUAUCAGGGGAUACGGAGGAGAGGCAGAGGACCAAAGGGGUUUCCUUAGAUGUGAGGAAAAAGGAUCUUUAAAAGUCCAUCUGGGGCUUCCCUGGUGGUGCAGUGGUUGGGAGUCCGCCU